GCAGCAGAGUAAAUAUUGUGUUUGCAUGUUUCAAAAGGCGAGGCUCCGCCCACUCAGUUUUAAAGUGUGUAAGGUCAGUUUCGUUUGUUCGAUCGUGAGGCGUCUGCUGUAAGUGUAAAUAACGCGUUAAAGAUGGGCGCAUCUAAUGGCAAACCUCUGAAAUGUCCUCUGUGCUACGAGGAGUGUCGUGAGCAGGUGACGCUGGCCUGCGCUCACAGCUUCUGUCGGGCUUGUAUCAGAGAGCUGUGGAGCGGAUCUCAGACCGGACCAUAUUACUGCCCCGAGUGUAGAUACGAGUACCAGAGUAUGCCGGACUAUACUGACGGAGCGUCAACAUCUGCAGCCACACCAAACACACUAGAUUGGCCAUUUGGAAAGAAGCUGUACGGCCGGCACUCAAAGAAAUGGCACAGGAAGAGGAAGUACAGUUCAGCAUUCCACGGUGGUGGACACAGACUGGGCUCAGCCCCAUCUCAUAACACCGUCAGUGACUACGAUGUAGUCAGAAUCAUUGACUCUGAUGAAGACACAUCAGUACCAAGGAAAAGAAAGGCCGCAGCAGACGAACGCUCUUCUGGAAGCCGGUCUCCUUCAAUGGUUUGGGGGACCACCUCUACGAAUGACACAUCCUCACAACGCACACCUCCAGACACAAAUGAGAUCACGUCUCCUCACGUAGAAUCAUCACCUGAGAGGAAAACAAGUUCCCCUCAGCAAGACCAGCAUCCUGUGGCUUCCUGCAGCGACACCGGCUCACCCAGGACGAGCAACACACCUCAGGGAGAGAAAACCCCCUCACCAGCAGUUAGUGCCUCCUCUCAUACACCUGGGAGGCAGGAAACAGAUUUUAACAGUGGAGAGCCCCUCAGUAUCUCAGCAGCAUCUUCAUCAGACAGACUUUCCAGGAGCAGUUCUGUGCCUUGCCAUUACUGUCCCAGUUCAGAACAGAAGGUGGCGGUAAAGACCUGCCUGGUUUGUGGGGCCUCCAUGUGCGCAGAGCACCUGCGGGCACACCUGGAAAAGCCGGUUUUCCAGAACCACCCGCUGGUGAACGCUGUGGAGGAUGUGUCUCUGUGGAGAUGCCAGGAGCACCAGGAGAUGAACCGGAUCUACUGUCGAUCAUGUGCAGUGUGUGUUUGCACUGUGUGUUCCCUGGUCGGGUCGCACAAGGGGCACGAGUGCAUCAGCAUCCGCGAGGCAGAGCAGGAGCUCAGGGGUUCGCUAAAGAAUGAGAUGCAAAAAAUACAAAAAACUGAAAAAUCCAUUCAGGAAAAACUCUCUGAGCUCAUUGAGAAAAAACGUGGGGUCCAGGCAGGGCUAGAGGACGUGCGGGCGGCCGUAUUGCAGCAGUAUCAGGCCAUGCGGGUGACUCUAGAGCAUGAGGAGGAGCAGGCUUUACUCUGUGUGACCCAGGAAGAGGACAGAGUGCUGGGAAGCAUUGAGAAGCAGCUGGACACAUUACAGGGUGCUUUGAUAUCUAGCCAGAGUAUAUUAAACACACUGCAGGGAAUGGCCAAUGCUGAAGGGGCAUCACAGUACCAAGACCAGGCCUUCAUCAUGGAAUACAGCAAGAUGGCAGGACGACUGACUGAAUUGUCUGAUCCUGUACAAAAUCUUGAGACUCCCGAAGAGAUAAACCAUAACCGGCUGGACUGUCUUAAUAAUUGGACCGAGAGGAGACUGGAGACUGUGCUCAUAUCACUGCCUCAUCGAGACCCUUUCAGACUGCUGUAUGGGAUAAGCCCAACUCUAGAUCCUGAUACUGUCCAUCCCAAGCUGCUGCUGUCAGAUGAGAACAGGACGGUGCAGUACAGUGAGACCCAGCAGGACUACCCUGAGCAGGAGGCACGCUUCAACAUUUUCCCUCAGGUGCUGGGCUCUCAUGGCAUAGACGGAGGCUGCUGCUACUGGGAAGUGGAGGUCUCUCAGGAUGAGGGCCGCUGGAAGGUGGGGGUCUGUGAUGGACUGAUAGGCAGAAAGGGACAAAAGGACAUCUGCCGUAUCGGUUUCUACCCUAAUUCUUGGUGUUUAAUUUACGAGAAGGGAAAGGUGGAAGCCCUACAUGAUAAGGUAGCUACACCUGUGUGUUCUGCUGAGCUCUGGAAGGUCGGGGUGCUGCUGAAUUUUAGUGAGGGUCGCUUGUCUUUUUAUAGCGUGGCCAGGGAGGGUUCUCUUUCUUUGCUCUACAGUUUUGAGCAUACGUUCACUGAGCCACUGUAUCCGGCACUGGCGGUUUCUAAAACUCAGCUCAGCAUCUGUGAUAUAUUUACCAAGACCACUACAGACUAGACUACGUUUGUGCUUUUAUGAAAGAUUUUAUUAUAAUUUUAAAGGAAUAAUUCACACAUUUUUUUAUUAUUAUUAUUUUUAUUUACUCACCCCUUAGGCUUUUCAAGAUAUAGGUGACUUUCUUUCUCCAAUAAAAUUUUUUAGCUGAGCCCAUCAUCCUUUGCAAUUUAAAAAGUUCUUGUCAAGUAGAGGUAGCAUCAUUUUGCAGAUAAAAAACACUAAAUAAACCCAUGUGGCUCCUGACGAUAAAGUGAGGUCUUACCAAUCUAAACAAUCGGGUCUGUGCAAGAAACUGAACAUUAUUUAAGUUUUUUCCUGUAAUCCAUAGCCUCAGAUAAAUGUGCGAAUGUGAAAUUAUGCCAGUGUGGUUUACAACAGGAUCAAAAGAAAGUACCAUUUGAACAAAAUAAUGUUCAGUUUCUUACAGAGACUAAUCGUUUCACUUCAUAAGACCUCAAAAUAUCAUCAGGAGCCACUGGGAUUCAUUCAGUGUUUUUGUAUUGAUUUUUUCCAAAUGACUUCCAAAGAUCAUGGGUUUAGCUGGAAAUCAUCUUUAAUGUUCUACUGGAGAAAAAAGUCACCUAUAUCUUGGAUGACUUUAGGGUGAGUAAAUAAACAGAAUUUAUUUUAUUUACUAUUGAACUAUUCCUUUAAGCUAUUCACUUUUACAUUUCAAAAAACAUUUCACUUAAGCUGGUGAACGAUCUCAGCUUCAGCGUGGAUAGUGAGAGCUAACUGAUCUCUGCUUCAUUACAGUUUUGCACAUAUUUUUUCGGCGCAAACGUUGAUUUACCUUCAAAACACCCGGUAAAAGAGUCGCACGGUAACAUGCGUCAUCACUACGACACACCCUAUACGCCAUUGGUUCUGGCUUUUGUUCACACAGAGCUCGUUCCGGGACUGAACCCGGCAAUGUUAUUAGGUCCCAAACCAGGGAUCAAUCUCGGAAUCAAUCCCGGGACUUGUUUGCGUUCACACAGAAGGCAAUCCGUCAAUUUUCUGGCAAUUUUCCAGCAAUUUUCCUGGACCAACGUGCUGUGUGAAAGGGGCUUUGCAAAUCGUAAAUGCUGAACUCGAGUGUAAGAGGUCUUGAAAACAAUGGCCUAUUUUUUUUCUGAGUGAUUGAUGAUGAGAGUAUUUUCUGAUUUUUAAUGGAUAGGAUUUACAUAUAUAACCUUUUAAAACUCUAUUUCCAUUUCAAAAAAUGUUUUAUACAUCCAUUUAUAUAUCAAAUGGUGUUUUAUCAAAACAAUCUUUAAGUCUUUUUACUUUUUUCAGCCAUUUCUUGAACUUCUUUUUAUGUUUCUGCUAGGAUUCAUGUCACUUGAGAUAAAUAAUUUGUAUUUUUAUAUCGAGUAAAAUAUAAAAUUUGCACUAUAUUUACAUGUACACUUUGAAAUCAAAUGAAGGCCAGGAGAAAUAUUAGUCAAAAAAUCUGAAGACAACAACCAUUCACAUUCCAAAUGAAACUCAUAGAUUUUCUGAGUUACUUUUAUGUCAAUCUAGAAUAAAUGUAAUAAUAAACACUGAGUUUUUCAACAUGGAACAUGUUUCCAUUCAUUAUCCAGGUUUAUGUUUAUGUAUAUAUUUUUUUACUAGUAUCUCAAUCAAUCUUCUGAUAUUUUUGAAAUAUUUACUACCAUAUCUAUGUCAUCUUUUAUAGUUUUAGCCAGUGUUGAACUGUUGGCAGUGGAAUAUUUCCGCCUGUGUAGAUUAUGAAUACUCCAUUUAAACUCUAGGUGGCAGUAUUGUUGAAUAUCUAAACAGAGGAAACGUUGACAUUUAAUUCAUACUGAGGAAACCAAACAGAUAGUUUGAACUGUACUGCAGUGCUUAAUGGAUUAAACUCAAAUGAUUCUUAAAAA